AUGCGUCUUUUCCGCGACUCUACUUAUUUGGAUUUUCUAUUUGCCACUGGUGUUAUUCCGGAUCGCAAUAUGAACGCGGUGCGGGAUUCUCAGGAUGAAAACGUCCUUAGAGACGACGACACGGACAAGCAAAGGCUUCGGGCCACAGAAAGCGACAUGAAUACUCACACAGAUGAUCCAGAGCAAGCCAGCCCGCAGUCUGCUUUCAAUUCGAAGAAAGCACUGUGGGCAUUCUUGGUCUUAUGCUAUUCGACUGGCCCGACAUCUUCCAUGGUCUCGAAUUAUGUGACCGCGGCAAUCCUCUCGGCGGCCAAUCUCUUAGGUCACCAGGCCGGAUCGGACAAACCGUGCUCACGCCGUGGGACAAACAUUAGUUGUCUAGUGAGGUUUGGUGGAGGGGAGAUCGAUUUCAACAGCUAUACACUAUACCUCCGAUCAAUCAGCCGAGCAACGGAAGGCAUAGUGUCGAUCGUCACAGCUGGCAUGGCCGACUACGCCUCUUACCGCAAGACAAUGAUGAUGGCGUCGAUUUUUCUGUUUGGCGCAUUGGCCUUGCCUUUUGCAGGACUUACGGGUCAAACAUACAGUCACCUAACCGCAUUGUCUGUCCUAUACUGCUUUUUGACAACCAUUGGGGGCGUCUAUACAGUGAUUGAGGGGUCAUACAUUCCAAUCUUCAUGCGAUCGACGGGAUGGUUCCGUGAUUCCCGUGUAGCAGCAAGCCAGGGCGAGAGAGCGACUUGGCAUAAAGGUGUCUCUAUCAGCGUUUUGGCCUUAGUUUCAAGCAACCUGGGUGGCUUGACUGCCCUGAUUAUCGGCGUGAUUCUUGUUUAUGGACGGGGAUCUUAUGUGCAGGUUGGUUAUUUCAAUUACCUUCUGGCCAUUACAAUUGGAGGGUGCAUCACAAUUCUGUUUGCUCUCCUAGGCCAGUACCUUCUUCCAUCAAUACCCGGCAAAGAGCUUGAUCGUACGAAAAACAAGUUCCCAUUGCUAAUGGCCUUCAAAAACUGGCUGAAAUUACUGAAAAGUGCAACAAAGUACUCGGAAGCAUUCAAGUUCUGCAUCGGAUGGGUUCUAUGGAACACUGGCUAUUCCAAUCACAUGCAGCUAAUGGGCGCGCUCUUUCUCCAGGUCACUGGAUUUUCCCGAAGCUCCGGGGUAUAUUCAGUCUGGUCCUUCACCGGCGUCAUAUUUGCCUGCAUGGGAAGCUUGAGUUUCAUGUAUCUCUACCCACGCCUCCACUUCCCCGUGAAAUCAUAUGCAUAUGCAUUUCUCUUAGUCAAUAUCUCUUGUGUGCUUUGGGGCUGCAUCGGAGUCAGCAACAAUAUCACAAUUGGUUACAAGCACCAAGCCGAAUUCUGGGUUGAACAAGUCUUGUUCAUGUCGACUAGCAGUUCACUGCGGGCAUAUAAUCGUGCAAUUUACUCGUCCAUGAUCCCGGAAAACUCGGAAGCACAAUUCUUUGGCUUGGAAAUUACCUUGGAUCUUGCGACUGGUUGGAUCAAUCCCCUGGUUAUGGGUAUUAUUCAGGACCGGACGCAUAAUCUACGCUUUCCGAUGAUUCCAAACCUUCUGCUGAUGCUGGUUGGACUUGGGCUUUAUUCUCAAGUUGAUAUUUCUAAGGGUAUUGAGCAGGCAAAGGUACCUCUGGGGCAUUAG